CAGUACUCGUUACUCGAAUCGUUCUAUCACUAGCUAUUUGAAUAAAAUGCUAACUUUUAAUUUAAUUGUUGCAGUUUGUGAGAAUUUCGGUAUAGGUCUGAAAGGUGAAUUACCAUGGCGCCUUAGAUCAGAACUUAAAUACUUUUCGACUACAACUAGGCGGCGGGAAAAUCCAGAGAAGCAAAACGUGGUGAUUAUGGGGCGAAGAACAUUCUUUUGUAUACCUGAAAAUAAGCGGCCAUUAUUCGGUCGUCUAAAUAUCGUAUUGAGUACAACACUCAAACGAUCUGAGUUACCAGAUAAUGUGCUGCUCUACCCGAGUUUAGAAACAGCAAUGCAACAUUUAGAACAGUCUGAUCUCAAGCAGCAAAUUGAAAAGGUUUGGAUCGUUGGUGGAAGCGGAGUGUACAAGGAGGCUAUGGCUUCGCCCCGUUGUGAUCGGAUAUAUUUAACCGAAAUUCUGAAAGACUUUGAAUGCGACACAUUUUUCCCUAAGAUUCCCGAUGAUUUCAAAGAAGCCAAACCUGAUCCUUUCCUACCCCUGGGUAUUCAAGUGGAGGACGGCAUUCAAUAUGUAUAUAAAGUGUUAGAGAAGCAAACAAUUCUUGAUUAAAUCAGGUACCUAUUUGAA